AUGGCAGAAGGAGCUUGCAUGCAACAGCCAGCUCCUGCCUCAAAUAUGGCCUUUCAGAUGAAUCUGUUAUCUGCUGAUUCGACUGUAUCACCGCUCCCACCUCUCGUCUUUAUGAUUGUCAUGAGCAUUACGGGCCGCAACAUGCUCGCCCACGUGGCGAAUCUGCAUGCAAUGAAGCAGCAUUACUUUUGUCUUCAGCACGAAAAAGAAGUUGCAUCAUCAGUCAGAAAGCUGCAAGUGAACCAAAACAAGGCGUCUCCUGUAGACUCCAGCAUAUGUUCUGAGGACUCCAACGAUGCAGAAGAAAGGCAAGAUGCGUGGAAUGAAACAAGCAUUUUGCAAGACUUACAACCCCACCCUAACAUUAUACAGUUUGUCGAAGCUCAUCUGGACCCAGAAGAGGAGAAGCUGUCAAUCGUCAUGGAGUACGCAGAUUCAGGCGACCUUGCGUCCCAGGUUCUUCGCAGAAAGGAGUUGCUUGCUAAGCAGGAGGCGCGCAUGCGGACUCCUCCUGCACUCCCUAAGGCGCAAGGCAAGAACUCCAACAGCCCAUUCUUCCAAGAGCAUGAUAUCAUGCUCAUAUUUGUUCAGUGCGUGUUCGGGCUACACCAUCUACACACAAGCCAGAUAAUGCAUAGGGACAUAAAAACUCACAACAUACUGUUAUUCAGUAACGGACUUGUGAAGCUGGGGGACUUCGGGGUAGCCAAAAGCUUUAGCCAUACGAAAAUCCGCAGCUCGUUUGUGGGGUCGCCCCUAUACAUGGCACCCGAAUUGCAUUCCUCCAACGGAUACACAUACAAGGCAGAUAUAUGGUCCCUUGGAUGUGUCUUGUACGAGCUCUGCUGCCUAAGGCAUCCGUACAAUGCGAAUAAUGUCAUCGAGCUUGCCAUAAAAGUGACAAAUGCUCCCCCACCGACCCGCUUAGAUGUUCCGCCGCAGGCGUACGCUGCGGAGAUUUUGCACCUUAUUAGUCGUAUGCUUCAAAAAGACCCAGCUUUACGGCCCAGCACUGUCGAGAUAAUACGCAUGCCCUUUUUCUACAAGUAUACGGAGAUACUUGCGAGCAGCUUAGAAGUAGAUAAUCUGCGCGGCAAAGUGAGGCAGAGCCAAUUCCCCAACGCGCCUUAG